ACGGGUUACUCCCCUUCCCCUCCCCUCCCCAGUCCAGUCCCGUCCCGUCCCGUCCCUUCCCUUCUUGCCCCACCACCAUCAAAUCUCCUUUUCUCUCUGUCCCUCUUUUCCCUUCUUCUUCGUCGUCGUCGUCGAUGGAGAGUGGAUUGAGGGACGAGGAGGAGGGAGGCGCGCCGGACGGAGACGGCGGCGGGGGAUCGGGCGGCGCCGCCGGCGGAGGGCCGAGGAGGCCGGCGGAUCCAAGCUCCGAGCGUCAGGUGAUCAGGUGGGAGAGGUUCCUUCCGAGUAGAUCGCUCCGGGUCCUCCUCGUCGAGCACGACGACUCCACUCGCCACAUCGUCGCCGCGCUCCUCCGGAAAUGCAGCUACCACGUGGUAGCUGUGCCGGAUGGGCUCAAGGCGUGGGAGGUUUUGAAGGAGAAGCACUACGACUUUGAUCUCGUGCUGACGGAAGUUGCGAUGCCUUCGCUUUCGGGAAUCGGGCUUCUUUCCAAGAUUAUGAGUACAGAGGAGUGCAAGAACAUUCCGGUCAUCAUGAUGUCUUCUCACGAUUCCAUCAGUGUAGUGCUCAAAUGCAUGCUAAAGGGUGCUGUGGACUUUCUUGUGAAACCAAUAAGGAAGAAUGAGUUGUGCAACUUAUGGCAGCACGUUUGGAGGAGGCAUUGUUCAAACAGCUACACAAAUGCAUCCAAUAAUAAUGCUGCAAGCAAUCAUAUAAGCACAAUUGCAGGAGAUACGUCCAAGACUGGGGAGAACAGCAAUCAAGGUAGUGAUGGUCAGGGCUCAGAUGGUAAGCUGGAGAUGGAAAUCGAGGGUGAUCAGAAACACAGAGGGCCUCAUCUAGCUGAAGGUGGGAGUACUUCCAGGGAAAUGGAAGCAAAACCAGAGCAACUUGAUAAUGGCACACCGAUAAUGGCAAACACAUUGAAAUUGGACGAUAAUGUGGAAGCUGGAGAUAUAUCUGCAGGGAUUUCUUUUGUUGAAAAAUACCAAGAGAAGAAUAGUUCUUAUCAUAAAUCCCCAUACAGGGAGGAAUACCAAGAGGGUGAUCCUGCUGAUCGUAAUUCGUAUUGUCAAAAUAAUGCUCCAGAUGAAACAUUGAAUGAUAUGAUAGAUUUUAUUGAGUCAGUAGCUAACAGAAAAUGCAAUUCUUCUGUUCCGGAGAAGUAUGCAUUGAUGAAGGAUGCAUUACCUGAAACUUCAGCAUCCUCUGAUGCGAAAAGUACAUCGGAAUUUGGUUCCUCACCACAUUUGGAACUUUCCUUGAGAAGACAACAGCUCAAUGGCUGUGUAGAUCGGGAUUUCAAACAAAAGCAUAUAUUGAAUCAUUCAAAUGCCUCUGCCUUCUCCAGGUAUGGUGACAAAAAGGCUCACCAUUCAUGUAAAAAGCCUGUUUCUUCAGCUGUGUGUGUUAGAACCAUAGAAUGUGUUGAUAAAUCUCAGUCGCACGUUAGUACUCAUGGCUCUGACAAUGACAAGAACAUUUCCCUCUUACCUAAAGGAAUGGUGCUCCAUCAAGGGAAUGGGGGUGAAACUACAAAAUACUUUCAGGUCACUUCUGAAAGCAACAGAGAGGAUGCUGGCCUUGUGUCUUGUCCAGCAGGAGAGGAUGACCAUGCUGGUCAUUCUUCCAAAGGAGAGAAUAUGGUUUUUAAUCAUCCUCAGUUUGGGUUUAUUCCACUGCCAAUUCCUGUUGGAGCAAUACCAUAUCAGAGCUUAUGUGCAGGGUAUGGUGCCGUCUUGCAACAAGUGUUCUAUCAUGAGGCUUCCUUACAGCCUCAUAGUUCUGCAGCAGCUGAGAAGGCAACGGUUCAAAUUACUUCUGAUCAAUCUGGUCAUCAUGACGAUCAUCUUAUCAAUCAUCCCCAAUGCAAUGAAUUUCACCACCAUGAAGAAAUUCAUCAGUCCCACUAUCGGAGACAACAUCCCGAUUUGGAACCUGGAGAUUCAAGAGAUUUGUCAUGCACUCCUGUGGAACUCACCGAUCAAAGUGCCAACUGUAGUCAGGACAUUCUCAAAGGCUGUGGAAGCAAUUAUAGUGGUGAAACAGCAGAUGCUGCUGCAAAUACUGGAACUGCUUUAGAAAGUGGUACUGAAAGUGGUGCCCAGAACUGCAGCGGGAAAGGUUUGGACAGUUACCAAUCGAGCCGUGAGGCUGCCUUGAUCAAAUUCCGCAUGAAACGGAAAGACAGAUGCUUUGAGAAGAAGGUUAGAUAUCAUAGUAGGAAAAAGCUCGCAGAGCAACGGCCAAGAGUAAAAGGUCAGUUUGUGCGUCAGAAAGCUCCUGACUCCAUCACAACAACAGAAGCAGAAGACUGACUGGGAGAGUUUCUUCUGCUGCUUGGUUUCCUGGGCAAGAGACGGUGAAGGUAAGGGUUUUGCUGGCAUUUUUAACUCUUCUCCAUGUGCUCACUUUUGUGGCUGAAUAAAUCAAAGGUUGCUUUAUGAGCUUGUAAUGUACCAGGGGCUUUGUGCGAACAUGUGUUGGAAGAGAAGUUUAUGAUAAAAAUUCGAGAUCCUAUGAUAGUCAUACAGCUUCACUUCUAUGAGGUUGUCCUUUGUUUCUAGGCCCUUGCAAUGCAGGUAUUAUUUGAAAGUCACUCGAGAAUCUACAUGCUGGUUAUGGUUCAAUUUAGCAUGUCCGCACAUCAGCAACCUUCCUUAGAAAAUGUAUCAUUGAAACCUAUCUGGCAAAAUAGGUAUGAUGUUUUGCCGGUGUUUACAUUUGGUGAACAUUUUUAACAUUUCUUGUGUGCUUUUCUUCCUUAGAUGAAAAACAUUCAUUUUCAUAAUAACAAACCAGCCACAAAUUGAUCAGCAGGAG